UGGGGAGUUGAGUAAAGAGGAAGCCACGUUGACACACAAAGUAUUGUGUUUUCUGUUUAUUCUCACGGCUGCACUGAACCGUCACGUCGUCAAGGGACACCUGGCGACCCGGGAACCUCCGCAGGAACGUUUAGAGACAGGUCAAAGACGCCACAUCAUCUGACAGGAUGAGUGUUGGGUUCAUUGGAGCGGGCCAGCUGGCUCACGCACUGGUGAAAGGGUUCACGGCUGCAGGUGUGAUUGCUACAAAUAGGAUCACUGCCAGCUCCCCAGACUCAGACCUGCCCACAGUGUCAGGGCUGAGGAAAAUGGGGGUGAACAUGACAACUAGCAACAAAGAGGCGGUCAAUAAGAGUGAUGUGCUCUUCCUGGCCGUGAAACCCCACAUCAUCCCUUUUGUUCUGGAUGAGAUUGGGCCAGACAUCGAGGACCGUCACCUCAUAGUCUCCUGUGCAGCCGGCGUCACCAUCAGCUCCAUAGAGAAGAAGCUGCUUCAGUACCGUCCAUUUCCUAAAGUCAUGAGGUGUAUGACAAACACCCCAGUGGUGGUGAGAGAGGGAGCUACAGUGUACGCUACUGGGACACAUGCUCAGGUGGAGGACGGCAAGUUGCUGGAGCAGCUGAUGGCCAGUGUAGGUUUCUGUACGGAGGUGGAGGAGGACCUCAUUGAUGCUGUGACUGGGCUGAGUGGCAGUGGACCGGCCUACGCGUUCACAGCCCUGGAUGCUCUUGCAGACGGAGGAGUGAAGAUGGGUCUGCCCAGAAGACUGGCUCUCAGACUUGGAGCUCAGGCCAUAUUGGGAGCUGCUAAGAUGCUGCUGGACUCGGAUCAGCACCCCGGCCAGCUGAAGGACAACGUGUGCUCGCCAGGGGGCGCCACCAUCCACGCCCUGCACGUCAUGGAGAGCGGCGGCUUCCGCAGCCUCCUGAUCAAUGCAGUGGAGGCGUCGUGCAUCAGGACACGGGAGCUGCAGUAUCUGGCAGACCAGGAGCGAAUCUCCCCAGCAGCCAUUAAGAAGACGACACUGGACAAGGUGCUCCAGCAGCCCGGAGUCACAGUCAGCGGAGUGGCUAAUGGGAACGGCAAAUCGGGGCUCAGCCUGUUUAACAAUCGUGGUCCAAAUAUCAAGAAGAAGAACUGAGUACACACACACACACACACACACACACACACACACACACACACACACACACACACACACACACACACACACCCCAAGCAAGCAAGCCUAUACAGCUGAUCUGGUCAAAAAUAACAUGGUAAUCAUGUUACAUUAAUGGCAAAUUAUUUAUUCAUAUUCAAAUUACAUGCGGACAUUGGACCUGCUGGUGUCACAGCCACAUUACACACAAGCACAGGUGCAUUCUGGGUGCGUUGCCGACAGUUACAGCCUUAUGUUGGGAUGGAGCAUUACUGUCUACACACAAACCCGUGCACACUGACAAAUCCAGAUACACACUGAAGAGCAAAAGUGCAUUUACAAUCUGUUAGCUGUCUGUGUUUGGGUUUAAGACUAUCCAGGGCUGUUACACAGUAAUGACCCGGUGGGCCAUCAUGGCAUCCUGGUUUACACCAGGCAACAGAUGGCUGCUGGGAGACCAUCAAGCUCUUAAUGAUUGUCUAUAAUGUCUUCAUUUUAAAAACAGAAUUAAGCCACAAUGUAAAUCACCCUGUACACCUCUUUUGUCUGUGCUAGUACUUAUAUGUUGUUAAACCAACAGUAUUAUACAACAACUGUUAACAAAGACUGAAUAUGGAUUUGACAAAGAAUUGUUACAGCUUUAUGUUUGGUUUUGAUUGUCGUAUACGAACACUGUGGGCUUCAUGAAUAAUAUUCCUUCCCUGCAGUGUUACAAUGGUUUUUUUUUUUAGCACAUUGAGAACAUUGUGCCUUUGACCAUUGGACACGCUAAAUAUUUCUUCUCCCAUAUUAAGUUCAUUCCAAGCAUUAAAACUACGGAUGCACCGAUCCGACUUUUCCUGUCCCGACAGCCAAACCUUAGCUUUGGGUAUUGACUGAUGCAGAGUACCGAUCAGAUAUCAAUAUAGUGUUUUAAUUAAUGAGCUGUUUGCCUCAUUGUGUGGAAGUAACUGGGAUCAUUAUUUUAUGUGUAAAUCAACAUCAGGCUAGACUUAAACCUGCUUUCUUAACUUUAUAAAACAAAAUGUAACAAAUAAAUACGAAGAUAUAAAUGUACUGAAAUGUUAUUUAUCAAUAUAUUGGUAUCCAAUACCACAUUGACUCAACGUCACCGAUACCUGAUCCAGCUAUUUCAGUCAGUAUCAGACAAGUAUCUGAUAUAUCGCUGCAUCUCUAUUUAGUUUUCCUUUGUUCAUUUCCUGUUUGUUAAGGACAUAUUGGGUCUUAAACCCCAAAUCUUAACUUGUUAUCUUGAACCUCCUAAUGUUUUAUAAUAGAAACCCACUUUGUACAUUUUCUCUCAUUAAGGAGUGGGAAGUUAUUACCUGAAAGUUCUACAAGACAUUCGUCUACACAGAGAAACAAGAUAAUAUGAAGAUGUAUCCAUAUAGAAUAGGAUGUAUCAGCAUUACGUCAAUCCGUCCUAACUGUGUAUUUUGUAAUGUUCCUUAUAUUUUUAUCCCCAUAAUGUUACAUGUUAUGUACAGUUUUUUUGGGGGUAAUAUCAACCAUUGAGUUGGUUUACCAGUCAAAAAGUAAAUAUUAAACAAGCAGAUUCAUAUA